AUGGCGCCCCAAACUAAGAUAGAUCGUUCGUUCAGCGCGUUAACGCCUGCCUUGUCAGAAUGGAUUCUCGAAGCUGUGGAUUCCAUGGGCUUCGUAAAGACCACGCCUGUGCAGCACGCAGCCAUCCCCAUGUUCAUGAAGAACUCUGAUGUUGUCGUCGAGGCUGUCACAGGGAGUGGAAAAACUCUAGCUUAUCUCAUUCCCAUCGUCGAGCGCUUGUUGCGACUGGAUGCGCCUAUAAAAAAGCAUCACGUGGGUGCCAUUAUCAUCUCACCCACCAGAGAACUUGCGACACAGAUACAUACAGUACUUUCGUCGCUUCUCAGAUUUCAUGCGCCCUCUGCAGCCUUACUGGAUCCCGAAGAUGAAGAUACCGACAUGGAAGACGCCGAUGCUCCGCCAAAACCGACCUUUCCUGUCGGAACGUUGAAGGUUAUACCCCAGCUCCUUCUCGGAGGAUCAGUAACGCCCGCUCAGGACCUGAGCAGAUUUCUCAAGUCAUCGACCAACGUACUCAUCGGCACACCAGGACGACUCCUUGAACUCCUUUCCUCACCACAUGUCCAUUGCUCACAAUCGUCCUUCGAUGCUCUGGUCCUGGAUGAAGCUGAUCGUCUGCUAGACCUUGGCUUCAAAGAUGACUUGCAAAGAAUUCUCUCUCGACUACCCAAGCAACGCCGAACCGGUCUCUUCAGUGCUAGUGUUUCUGAAGCUGUCGACCAGCUGAUCCGCGUGGGUCUCCGGAAUCCCGUUCGCAUCGCUGUCAAGGUCAAGGCGCGAGCUGCGCCCAAUAGUGCGACAGGAGAAAUGGGCGCCAUCGAAGACAAGAAAACGCCAGCAAGCUUGCAGAUGACAUAUCUGACCAUACCAGCAUCGCACAAGCUACCCGCCAUCAAGAAAGUCUUAAAGUCAUUGGAUCCGCAGCCGCAAAAGUCUAUCAUGUACUUGGCGACAUGUUUCUCAGUCGACUACUUCCAACACAUUCUACCUGAAGUUCUGAAAGGAUACACCAUAGUGCCCCUGCACGGCAAACUCCCGGAUAAGGUCAGGAACCGCAACUUUAUAAAAUUCGUAGAGAGCGUCACACCAUCCAUCCUCCUCACCACAGACGUCGCUGCCCGUGGUCUCGAUAUCCCAUCAGUCGACCUGGUCCUCCAACUUGACGCCCCAAGCGAUCCAAAAACCUUCAUCCAUCGCUGCGGACGUGCAGGUCGCGCAGGUCGCAAAGGCUUAGCAGUUACAUUCCUCAGUCCAGGCCGAGAAGAAGACUACAUCGAGUUCCUCCGUGUCCGACAGACCCCAGUAUCGCCGUUAACAACACCCGAAGUCACAGUAUCCGCGGAAGAAGCCACAGCCAUGAGCAAUCGGAUACGAAAAGUAGUGAAAUCUGAUAGAGCAUUAUUCGACAAAGCACAACGAGGCUUCGUCUCCUGGGUCCGCGCCUACAGCAAACACACCGCCAGCUCCAUCUUCCGCAUCCCCGAUCUCGACUGGGCAGAACACGGCAACGCCUGGGGCCUCCUCAAACUACCCAGCAUGCCUGAACUCAAGAAGUGGGACGGAGACCGCAGUCUAGGCGUGGUCAUGGAUUUCAGUACAUACGCAUACAAAGACAAGACGCGCGAGGCACAACGACAGGUCGAGCAGAGCGAGUACGAAGCCAACAAGGCGGAGGGGAAGAAAGAAGGCAAGAAGCGAUAUGUCACGGAGGACAAGAAGGCAUCGGCGUGGACGCAGCAGAAGGAUGCGAAGGCGCUUAAGGAAUCACGGAGGGAAAAGAAGGCAGCGAAGCGCGAACAUGACCGUGUUGCGGCGCUGACGGAAGAUGAGCGGAAAGAGGAAGAGAGGGUGAAGGGUAUGAUUGACCAGGUUAGGAAGAAGGUCGCAGAGAAGGAAGCCCAAGAGGCGGCGGACGAGUUUGAGGGGUUUAGCGAUUGA